AGAUGUGUGAUUAAUGAUAAGGUAGCUGAUCUGGUGGGGUUCCUGCUCCUGAAGUAUCGCACAAAGGAGCAGACCACAAGGGCAGAAAUGCUGAGUAGCAUCAUCAGAGAGCACCAGGACACCUUUGCUGUAAUCUUUAGGGAGGCCUCUGAGUGCAUGCAGCUGGUUUAUGGCAUUAAUGUGAAGGAAGUGGACCCCACCAGCCACACCUAUGUCCUAGUCACCAACCUGGGCCUCUCCUAUGAUGGGAUGGUGAGCGAUGAGCACAGUAUGCCCAAGACGGGCCUGCUGAUACUCAUCCUUAGUAUACUCUUCUCGGAGGAUGAUUGUGUCCCCGAAGAGAGGAUAUGGGAAGCACUGAAUGCCAUGGGGGUGCAUGCGGGGAUGGAGCAUAGCAUCUAUGGGGAGCCCAGGGAGCUCCUCACUAGAGUUUGGGUGCAGGAACAGUACCUGGAGUACCGGCAGGUGCCCAACAGCGAUCCUGCACGGUACGAGUUCCUGUGGGGUCCCAGGGCCCACGCUGAGACCACCAAGUUGAAAGUCCUGGAGUUUUUGGCCCAGGUCAGUGGGAGUGACCCCAGAUCCUUCACACACUUCUAUCAGGAGGCUUUGAGAGAGGAGGAACAGAGAGCCCAGGACAGAGUUAGGACCACAGAUGAUACUACUGCCAUGGCCAGUGCAAGCUCUUCUGCCAUGCCCAGUGGCUUCUUCUGCCUUGACUGA